ACCAUGAAGGCUCGGCCCACGAAUGCCACAACAUCUUGUCUAGGGACCCGUUUCUUUCUUCUUCUUCUUCUUCUCUCUCUCUGAAGUUUCUAGCAUUCAACCACAACAGAAACCCUGCAGAGCCCCAACUCCUGAAACCUUUGACAAAAUUCUAACGGAAAACAAAUUGGGAUAUGAGCAAAUCUCAUAUGGUGGAGGACAGUCAUGCAAUGGAACAUCUGAACAAAAAUUUUGAAUUGUUUUAGUGGAGUUGAUUGAUUGGACAAUUUGUAGAACAAGGACUCCAGGUGGCAAAGGCAUUAAUUGGCAAAAAGAGAGAAAAGAAAAGAUUUGUGAUGGGUGGACUGCCUUUGCAAAAUGCUUCCCCUACCCCAGUUGUCAGCCAGGUGUCAGUAAUUACAAAUUCUACUAAAGAAUCAAAGCCCAAGAAGAAGAUCUGCUGUGCUUGCCCUGAAACUAAGAAACUAAGGGACGAAUGCAUUGUGGAGCAUGGUGAAGCUGCAUGUGCAAAAUGGAUUGAGGCUCAUCGACUGUGCCUCCGUGCUGAGGGCUUUAACAUUUGAGUUUGGUAGAUAUGGUUUAGUUCAUAAAUCAAUACCAUUUUGGAAUAUAGAAUACUUGUUUUGGAAUUACACAUACUGAAUAGGAGGAAUAAAGCUAGAAAACACAGGUUUUCUUGACCUUCUGUACUUGCAGUCAUUUUUAUCUUCUUGAAUUAUGAUUUCUUUCCUUCCUCUGUGACAAUUGAAAAUGAUCAGAAUCCUUGGGUGGGGUUGA